AGCAAUUACGUGUUUCCCAUUUUAAAUUCUCUCUCCCCUAAAAGUCCAAAUAUCUGCUCUAUAAUUCCAUUUGAUUAUUGGAUAAUCAACGAAAUCCAUAUUUUUCGUCGUUGGUGCCAAUAGCCUGCUGCGGUGGAUCGAUGGCGGACGAUAAGUACAAUUGGAAAAACCCGGCGGUGAAGAGGAUAUUGCAGGAAGUCAGAGAGAUGCAAUCUAAUCCUUCCGAAGAUUUCAUGAGCCUCCCUCUCGAGGAUAAUAUAUUUGAAUGGCAAUUUGCCAUCAGGGGGCCACAAGACACCGAAUUUGAGGGAGGAAUCUAUCAUGGAAGAAUCCAACUUCCAUCUGAUUACCCUUUUAAGCCACCUUCAUUUAUGCUGUUGACGCCUAGUGGUCGCUUUGAGACCCAAACCAAGAUAUGCUUAAGCAUUUCAAAUCAUCAUCCUGAGCACUGGCAACCAUCUUGGAGUGUUCGGACUGCUUUGGUAGCAUUAAUUGCAUUUAUGCCCACCAACCCAAAUGGUGCACUGGGAUCAUUAGACUAUACAAAAGAAGAGAGGCGAACUCUGGCAAUUAAAUCUCGUGAAGCUGCUCCAAAGUUUGGGUCUCCUGAACGCCAAAAGCUGAUUGACGAGAUUCAUGAAUAUAUGCUGAGCAAAGCAAACCCCAUUCAUCAAGGCAUACAGGGUUCUGAAGUACAGGACAUCAAUGAAGAGAAUGAAAUUCAGGCAAGUCCUCAAAAUGCUGCAUUGGAUGGUACUGAGGAAGAGCUUCCAAAUCCAGUUGUAGAAGACGAGAUUGUUGAAGAAAUUGCUGAAGAACCAAAUGAUACCCUAUCAUAUGCAAAUGUUGUGCAGACUUCACAGCCAAUUCCUGCUAUGUCCACAAGUGAACUUAAGUUUUAUAAGCCCGAACCAAGGGUUUCCAAACCAGAUCGCUUAUUUACAUUGGCAGCUUUUGGGCUUACAAUGGCCAUCGUUUUUCUUCUGUUGAAGAAGUUCAUGAAAUCUAAUGGAUAUGGAGCAGUUUUCAUGGACAAGUCCUGAGUGAAAAAAUAGUGGUUGAGUACCAAUGGAAAUGUAAAACUAGAAACAUCCGUGUUACGUUAAUAACUUGUGCUUUUCCUAUUUUAAAUACCUGAUUGAGUGAAAUAAUGUACAAAAGGAACGAGUAGUGAUAUGUUUUGGAACUCUAUAAAGAACUAUUUUUUUUUUCA